AUGCCGUUGGAAUACAUACUUAUUGAACUGUUGAAGAAUGCGUUUCGUGCCACAGUUGAAUCCCGCGGUUCACGGGGUGCGAGCAAUCUACCCCCAAUCCACAUCACCUUGGCCUCGGAUGAGAUCGACUUUUGGAUUCGCAUUUCCGAUCACGCAGGUGGUAUCCCCCAGGAACUGGAAAACGCAAUUUGGGAGUAUCAUAUGUCCACUCCGGCAGCGGCGAACGUAGAAGCCGGUUGGGAAAGUGGACCUUUAGCCUCCCGCACACAGCCAUUGUCCGUGGUUAAAGAGCCCGAUGUGUUCCCACCACCAACUCCAUCAGGUGGUUCCCUGGAUCCACAUAUUGUGGUCAGUCGAGAAGCUGUAGAGGAGGCCUUAUCUUUACCCAAGCCACCACACACAUUGUCUCCGGCACUACCUCUUGGUGGUCCUCAAGGUUUCUUCUCCGGUCUGACGCAACAUCAUGUAGCUCUCAGCAUACAUGGGGCGAUCAGUUUGGAAAUCAAAACAUCGAAAACCAAUUUUUUCUUCAUCCGUAAUAUCCCACCCACAAAGCUAAUUAAUCUGUGUCAACGGUCAACCAGUCGAUUGUAUUCCGGAUUGGAAUUAUCCGUGGCUUGGACCUGA